UGUAUGGACAGCAACGUGUACAGUAUGGACAGCAACAUGUAUGGUGUGUACAGUAUGUGCAGCAACGUGGACAGCAACGUGUACAGUAUGGACAGAAACGUGGACAGUAGUACGGACAGCAACGUGGAUGGUAUGAACAGCAACGUGUACAGUAUGGACAGCAACAUGUAUGGUGUGUACAGUAUGUGCAGCAACGUGGACAGCAACGUGUACAGUAUGGACAGAAACGUGGACAGUAGUACGGACAGCAACGUGGAUGGUAUGAACAGCAACGUGUACAGUAUGGACAGCAAUAUGGACAGCAGCAUGAACAGCAGCCUGUACAGUAUGGACAGCAACGUGUACAGUAUGGACAGCAACGUGGACAGUAUGGACAGCAACGUGGACAGUAUGGACAGCAACCUGUACAGUAUGGACAACGGGCAUGGUAUGGACAGCAAGGUGUACAGUAUGGGAGUAACGUACAGUAUGGGAGCAACGUACGGUAUGGACAGCAACGUGUACGGUAUGGACAGCAACGUGGACGGUAUGGACAGCAACGUGGACGGUAUGGACAGCAACGUGGACGGUAUGGACAGCCACGUGGACGGUAUGGACAGCAACGUGUACGGUAUGGACAGCCACGUGGACGGUAUGGACAGCAACGUGGACAGCAAUAUGUACAGUGGACAGCAACGUGGACAGCAACAUCUACAGUAUGGACAGCAAGGUGUUCGGUAUGGACAGCAAUGUGUACAGUAUGGACAGCAACAUGUACAUAUUGGACAGCAACGUGGACAGCAACAUGUACAGUAACGUACAGUAUGGACAGCAAUGUGUACAGUAUGGACAGCAAUGUGUACGGUAUGGACAGCAAGGUGUACGGUAUGGACAGCAACGUGUACGGUAUGGACAGCAACGUGGACAGCAAGGUGUACAGUAUGGACAGCAAGGUGUACAGUAUGGACAGCAAGGUGUACGGUAUGGACAGCAAGGUGUACGGUAUGGACAGCAACGUGUACGGUAUGGACAGCAAGGUGUACAGUAUGGACAGCAACGUGUACGGUAUGGACAGCAACGUGUACGGUAUGGACAGCAACGUGUACGGUAUGGACAGCAACGUGUACGGUAUGGACAGCAACGUGUACGGUAUGGACAGCAACGUGUGACGGUAUGGACAGCAAGGUGGACAGUAUGGACAUCAAUAUGGACAGCAACGUGUACGGUAUGGACAGCAAUAUGGACAGCAACGUGUACGGUAUGGACAGCAACGUGUACGGUAUGGACAGCAACGUGUACCGUAUGGACAGCAACGUGUACCGUAUGGACAGCAACGUGUACGGUAUGGACAGCAAC